UGGGCCAAUGAACGGCGGCGGGAGGUGAAAUCCGGUUCUAACCGGUCCGGGGCUCCCAGCGCUAUAAAAACUUUAUAAACCCCCCGGAGCCUGAGCAGUGUGAAGAAGAAGAGGCGAGAACGACCCCCGGACCGACCAAAGCCCGCGCGCCGCUGCAUCCCGCGUCCAGCACCUACGUCCCGCCGCCGUCGCCGCCGCCACCAUGCCCAAGAGAAAGGCUGAAGGGGAUGCUAAGGGAGAUAAAGCCAAGGUGAAGGACGAACCACAGAGAAGAUCCGCGAGGUUGUCUGCUAAACCUGCUCCUCCAAAGCCAGAGCCCAAGCCUAAAAAGGCCCCUGCAAAGAAGGGAGAGAAGGUACCCAAAGGGAAAAAGGGAAAAGCUGAUGCUGGCAAGGAGGGGAAUAAUCCUGCAGAAAAUGGAGAUGCCAAAACAGACCAGGCACAGAAAGCUGAAGGUGCUGGAGAUGCCAAGUGAAGUGUGUGCAUUUUUGAUAACUGUGUACUUCUGGUGACUGUACAGUUUGAAAUACUAUUUUUUAUCAAGUUUUAUAAAAAUGCAGAAUUUUGUUUUACUUUUUUUUUUUUUUUUUUAAAGCUAUGUUGUUAGCACACAGAACACUUCAUUGUUGUUUUUGGGGGAAGGGGCAUAUGUCACUAAUAGAAUGUCUCCAAAGCUGGAUUGAUGUGGAGAAAACACCUUUCCCUUCUAGUUUUGAGAGACUUCCUCUUGGCUCCCAGGAGGAGGGAUUCCCUGACUUUGACACACAUGGCCACCUUGGCACAAAAGCCUUGUGGUAUGGAAAAACAAAUUUGUUUUUAUGUCCUCUUCUCCCUUUCCAUCUUUCAGCAUAGACUUAACUCCCUUAAGGCCAGACAUCUGUUGGGACCUGACCCCUAGUCACUGGUUACCAGUGUGUCAGGCAAUCUGGACUUUCCACUGAUGCCACUGAGAUGGCACCUGUCAAAAGAGCAGUGGUUCCAUUUCUAGAUUGUGGAUCUUCAGAUAAAUUCUGCCAUUUUCAUUUCACUUCCUGAAAGUCAGGGUCGGCUUGUGAAAAGUUGUUAAACAACAUGCUAAAUGUGAAAUGUCAACCCUCACUCUAAACUUUCCCUGUUCAGAGCAUCAGAUGAAGACUUCAUUGGGUUUUAUAGUGGCUUUCUGAUUUUUGGUAGUCCAUUGAAGAAGGGAGUUUGAAAGUUGUUGUAUACUGUUAACGAUUGUCUGCCGAUGUCCUGCCUGAAAUACCAUGAUUGUUUAUGGAAAGUAUCUUUAAUAAAGCUGGAUACAGUUUGGCUUGGAA